CUGGUGGCGAAUAUUUACGGAAGGGGGAGAAAUUCACAGGAAGACGGUACGACAGCGGUUUGCAGACCUCCGCUUGGUGGUAUGCGAACAUGCAGGCAGACGAUCACGUUUCAUGUCUGAAAGCGGAUUUAUUGGAAUCUUCCGGGACAUUUCGUGUUCUUGUCGGAGUAACAGGAAGCGUCGCAGCCUUGAAACUGCCUCUUUUGGUCUCGCAGCUUCUUCAGCUCCCAGGGGUGGAUGUACGAGUGGUAACUACAGAGCACGCCAAGCACUUCUACAAUGCAGCAGAGGUCUCCGUAAAGAUCUACACUGACAAGGAUGAGUGGGAGCUGUGGACAAGGAGAUCUGACCCUGUGCUACACAUUGAGCUAAGGCGCUGGGCAGACCUACUUGUCAUUGCCCCCCUUGAUGCCAACACUCUUGGAAAGAUUGCUAGUGGCAUUUGUGACAAUCUGCUGACAUGCGUGGUAAGAGCCUGGGAUACCAGCCGUCCUCUCCUCUUCUGCCCUGCUAUGAAUACAGCUAUGUGGCUGCAUCCUAUUACAGCCCAGCAGGUGUCCAAGCUGAAAGAGUUUGGAUACGUGGAAAUCCCCUGCAUUGCCAAGAAGCUUGUGUGUGGAGAUGAAGGUAAAGGUGCCAUGGCGGAGGUGUCGACUAUUGUCAGCACUGUAAAGCAGUACCUGCAGAAACCAGAUGAGUCAUCUCAGAAAACAUGAACGUCACGUCAUAUUGUGGAUUCCAGCUGACGCCAAAGACAAAUACAAGACAAGCAUAAUCUCUUGCCUUCAAAUUUAUGUCGGGACUUUCAAGAUCCUACACACCCAUGCUAAACUCUCACAGCUGCUUUCACCUGUUUCAUCUGAGAAGUCCUCUUUUUAGGAUAGUGUUGUUGAUGUGUAUAGAAAUUGGCAUCUGCCAGUCUCAUCUGUUAUUCCUGUUGCACCUGUUAGGGCAGGGCACAUUUAAUGUUUGUAUUAGGACAUGGACAAUGAAAGUCUUGUGUAGUUUCUUGCAUAGACUUAUGAAACUGCAACAUCUGGAGCAGGCUCACUCCUGGGGUGGUUUUUAAUAUCACCUAUUCAUUAUGGAUUGAUGAGCUGUUGACGAGAGAUUUACUAUCAGAUAAUAAUUGCAAUUUAAACUGCCCAACUUUAGUAGCACUUUAUUAAUCCUGUAGCAUAGCAUAGCAUAGCAUACAUGGAAAGAAUGAAAAAUGCUGUUCAUGCCUUAACAGUUUUCUGUCUACAGAAAUAUGUGUGUGUACAGUCUGUUAUCCUUUGCGCUGACGGUUCUAACAGCAUUGUACACCUUUUCCUUGUUCUUUUCUUUGAAGGUAGUUGGCAGAGAAAUGGUGUAUCACUGCCAGCCUCUUGAAAAGAGUGAUGUUGACUGGACAGUGACAAACCUGUUUAAUUAUAUGCUCCACUUGGCCUUCAAAGGCAUCCUCUGGCUUUCUCUGUUAUUGUUUAUGUUGUCUUUAUUAUUAGCUCAAUAAACAAUACAGAUGUUG